UGAAACAGCGCCAAAUCACCUUUCCGGAAAGGGGACACCCGUUUUUAACUCCACAAGGCGCUCACUGCGUCUAUAUUUGCUUGGCCUUACAAAGAACCGUCCCAGCUGUUCCCAGUAGUCACCAACACAUUGGAAACUUUCUUUAUGGCAAAACCCAUGUUCCUUCAUUAAAAGAUUCCGAGUUCUGAAAGAGCCUUUCGCAGGGGCCCCUACGGAGGGGAUGCGUGGGUGGGAGGAGACUUCGGGCACCCAGGCAACCUCUGACACCAGGUUACUUCCCUGUGUGGUCAAUGACACAGAGAAGGCAAGUGUCACUGUGCUCACUAUUCCAGGGCUGAUUGGGACGAAAUAAAGUGGAGAAGCUAGAGGAGCUGGUACCAAGGGGUUUCCGACCGCUGGCGCAUUGCUGGAGGUCCGCAAUCCGCUCGGGUUUGGUUCUCAGACCCCAGAAAAGGGAGCAGGAGGAGUCGAGGCAGCCGGGCAGGGGAGUCUGGCGCCCCCACUCUCCUGGCAGAGGGACUCUUGGGCCUCACAGCGGCUCAGUCCCCGCGCACCAGCCAAGUUUGCGCGCGGUCUCCGCCGACUCUCAGGUUACCUGAGCUGGCAACCACGUCAGCGCCACAUCAUCUGGGCUUUUUAUAUUGCGAGGAAACAGGAAAAGAAGGAAGAAAAACAACGCCGGAGGGAGCCAAUCGCAGGGAGACGGCGCUGCCCGGAGGAGCGCGGCGGGCGUGCGAGCGCGCCACGGGAGCAGGCGUGGGGCCGGGCCGGGCCGGGGCGGGAGCGGCGCCGGGCGGGAGGGGGCGGCAGGCCGCGCUCGGGCCGGUCUGCGGCGUAGGCUUUGGCUUUGGCAUCGGCGGUGGCGGUGGCGGUGAAGAUGCUGCAGUCCCUGGCCGGCAGCUCGUGUGUGCGCCUGGUGGAGCGGCACCGCUCGGCCUGGUGCUUCGGCUUCCUGGUGCUCGGCUACCUGCUCUACCUGGUCUUCGGCGCCGUGGUCUUCUCCUCGGUAGAGCUGCCCUAUGAGGACCUGCUGCGCCAGGAGCUGCGCAAGCUGAAGCGGCGCUUCGUGGAGGAGCACGAGUGCCUGUCAGAGCAGCAGCUUGAGCAGUUCCUGGGCCGGGUGCUGGAGGCCAGCAACUACGGCGUGUCCGUGCGCAGCAACGCCUCAGGCAACUGGAACUGGGACUUCGCCUCCGCGCUCUUCUUCGCCAGCACCGUACUCUCCACCACAGGUUACGGUCACACUGUGCCCUUGUCAGAUGGGGGAAAGGCCUUCUGCAUCAUCUACUCGGUCAUUGGCAUUCCCUUCACGCUCCUGUUCCUGACAGCUGUGGUCCAGCGUGUCACUGUGUACAUCACUCGCAGACCUGUCCUCUACUUCCAUGUCCGCUGGGGCUUCUCCAAGCAGGUGGUGGCCAUCGUCCAUGCUGUCCUGCUGGGGCUGAUCACCGUGUCCUGUUUCUUCUUCAUCCCAGCCGCUGUAUUCUCUGUCCUGGAGGAUGACUGGAACUUCCUUGAAUCCUUUUACUUUUGCUUUAUUUCCCUGAGCACUAUUGGCUUAGGGGAUUAUGUUCCCGGAGAAGGCUACAAUCAGAAAUUCAGAGAGCUUUACAAGAUUGGCAUCACGUGUUACCUGCUACUUGGCCUGAUUGCCAUGUUGGUGGUUCUGGAAACCUUCUGUGAACUCCAUGAGCUGAAAAAAUUCAGGAAAAUGUUCUAUGUGAAGAAGGACAAGGACGAAGAUCAAGUGCACAUUAUAGAACACGACCAGCUGUCCUUCUCCUCCAUCACAGACCAAGUUGCAGGCAUGAAAGAGGAUCAGAAGCAGAAUGAGCCUUUUGUGGCCACUCCAUCAUCUGCCUGUACAGAUGGCUCUGCCAACCACUGAACACAGGAUUCGUUGCAUCAUACUGGGUACCCAGGGUCAGGGCCUGAGGAAUAGGCUUCACUGUUCAUUUUUACGAGACUAUAAAUGCCAAGGGGAUGUUAUCUUAUUAGAUAUUUACUGUUUGCAAUAUUUUCGAAGGAAAAAUAGAACAAAAGAAGCUUUGGGCCUGGAGGAAGGUCUGCUCUCUGAAGAAAUGGGCUGUGUGCCUUUAACUCACUUAUGGUAGAAUUAUCUAGACUUUACUGCUAGAAGGAAAAAGUUUGAAACAGUGUGCAGCUGUGGAUAGGAUCUUAUUUUAUACUUUAAAACUGGGGACUUUGUGGUUUGCAUUUAAAUGAUUUAGCUGAUGGCUAAAUAGCAGUGACAUUUAUAUUUAAAACUGAAAGGCAUAGAGGUGUCUUAUAAAUAGGUUUCUGUGUUCUAGUUUGCAUGUGCUGUGCUAAAUGGUUAUUUUUGUAGGUUAAGUCUACUAUUUAUAUGAGUAGGUAAUCAUUAACUGUGUACAUGUAAAAUAUAAAUAUGUUUAUAUCCUGUACAUAGAGUUUAGGUUACCAGAAUACUACUUCUUAAUCCAAGAUUAUAGAUAUUUCUUUUUCUGUUGAUUUCUCUUUAUACUGAACAAUUGUAAUUGCUGUAGAAGAUAAAUAAGAAAAUUAAGCAGGAAUAAUGCAGUGCUCUGUCACAAUAAAUGUUUCUAUUUUCUUGCAAUAUUUUGAUAUCAGAUGUGUAAAUAUGUUUGUAAGUCCUUUUUUGGAAGUGAGCAGGCAAUGAAGAAUAGGACCUGUUAAAAGGUUAAGCUAUUUUGCUUUGAAAAUACAUUGUGAUUUACAAGUAACCUAAUACUAAAAUCCAGAACUAGAACAUAAAAGUUUCAAGUAAACAGAUUAUGUUACAUUAAUCUGACUAUAUAAGAUGAAA